UGUAUUAAUAUAUAUAUUUUUUUAAUAAUGAACGCCUUUAAAAAAAAAUAUGAGGGGUCCAUCAAUGGCACAUUAUGUGCCCAUGUUGGCCCCUGUUGUAAAUAAAUAUUAUUUUAUCUUAUUAACUUCUUUUUUAAGCUUUAAUGAAAAAAAUAAUUUGUGGGGUACAAAAAUAUACAUAUAAACUCAAUAAAUUAAGUACAUAAUUCACAAAUAAAUGAUUUGCAACGGUAACUAACACCCGCACACUCAAUGUGGCACCACGAUUUACAUACUUGACAGCGAAUCUACUUUUCUUUGCUACGUGAGUGAGAGAAUAACUCGUUGCAGUAAAUGCAACUGGCAUCAUAUGUGCCUUCUUUGCCUUUUUUAAGGAAUUCCUCCAAGAUAGACUCAUCUUGGUCAGAACUGUCAUUUUCAAUGACAAGUUGCCGUUUUACUGCCCUACCUUGUUGUUUUCUUAGUUUCGUUUCCUUUUCAGUAACUUUUUCUUUGAGUUCUUGAAUUUCUGGAGUGGAAUUUAAAUGAUCAGUUUUUGCACGAGUUUUGCAUUUUCUUGUUUUAACGCCCCCAGGUACCGCUUGAGAUGGAGGACGCCAGCAGCACCGCAGAAAAAAUGUCAAUUUUGGACCAAGCUAGGAGCACUUUAUCACAUAUCCCGGGUCUCCCCCCGCCCCCUGGUUUAAUGACCCCCCACGCCGCCGACGGUCCUCCCAACUCAGAAGUCCUAUUGGCCCUUUUAGCUAGAAAUAAAACUUUAGAAGCGACCAUUCCAAAAUGCGGCGGUUGUCACGAACUAAUCUUGGACCGAUUCAUCUUGAAAGUUGCGGAGCGCACGUGGCACGCCAAAUGUUUGCAAUGCACCGACUGCAGAAUCCAAUUAACCGACAAGUGUUUUGCCAGAAACGGUCAACUGUUUUGUAAGGAGGAUUUCUUUAAGCGCUACGGAACGAAGUGCGCAGGCUGCGAACUCGGAAUACCCCCGACCCAGGUGGUGCGCCGUGCCCAAGACAACGUCUACCAUUUGCAAUGUUUCGCAUGCGUGAUGUGCGCCCGCCAAUUGAACACCGGCGACGAAUUCUACCUGAUGGAAGAUCGGAAACUGGUGUGCAAACCGGACUACGAAACCGCCAAGUCUAAAGCGGCGGAAUGUCUAGACGGUGACCAACCCAACAAACGACCGAGAACCACAAUAACAGCGAAACAGUUGGAAACCCUGAAGACGGCUUACAAUAAUAGUCCGAAACCUGCUAGGCACGUGCGCGAGCAACUGAGCCAGGAUACGGGUUUGGACAUGCGAGUGGUGCAGGUCUGGUUUCAAAAUAGGAGAGCAAAAGAAAAAAGAUUGAAAAAGGACGCAGGCAGAACCAGAUGGAGCCAAUACUUCAGAUCGAUGAAAGGCGGUUCAUCACCCAGACACGAUAAACUGUUAGAUAAGGACGACAUGAAGGUGGAUCUGGACAGCUUUAGUCACCAUGAUUUAAGUGACGACAGCUACGGCACUGUAGUGAACAUGUCGAUGGACCAAGAUGGAUCGUCCCCGCACAGCGGUAUUGGAAGACCGAUGUUCCUUCAUGGGGCGGCUUCGCCCUCUUACCUUCCAGGACAUACCCCACCACAUGGGCAUGAGCAUAUGGGCUAUCCGGAUCAUUUAGCUGUCUAUUCUGGUUUAGGUCAAGGUCCUCCUCCUGGAAUGAUGCACGGAAUGCCCCCGGGCGGCCCCGAUUCCGAACUAAGUAACGACAGCAGCCCUAGGGGAUACCCCGAUUUUCCCCCAAGCCCCGACUCGUGGCUGGGGGAGCCGUCCAGCGCACAUUACUGACCCCCCAAACACAAACUAUAUCAACUUAUUGUAGAUAGGAUUUUUAAAUAUUGCGUUAUUUAUUAAUUAUUGUACUUGUAUAAAAUCAACUAUACAAAAAAAAAACGGUUUUUACGGGGUGUUUCAAAUCUUCUUUCUGUGUUUUUUCUCUAGUCUGUGUUGUAUUAUUUUCUGUGAUUUUAUUUAUAUUUUAAACAAAGAAACUCUAUGUACAAAUUAAUGUAAAUAAUAUUUAGUUAGUUAUUGUAUAUAAUUAUAAGCUCUUGUCACACCUAUAUAUAAUUUAUGGUAGAUUAUAGUCAUUAAACUCUAGUCACCAAAGCAGGUAUUUUAUAGUAAGAUUGUAAAAAAAUGGUGUCAUCAUCAGUUCUAGUCGU